AUGUCAGCCUGUGUGUCAGUGGUGACAGCCGGCCUGACGGUGACAGCCAGCCUGACGGUGACAGCCGGCCUGACGGUGACAGCCGGCCUGACGGUGACAGCCGGCCUGACGGCCAGGAUAGCGUUGUCGAACUUUCCCUCAGAGACCAACCAACACCAAACUGAACAUGAAUUUGUUUUCUCAGGUGACGCCGCUGCCAUACUGUCCUUCAUCGGAGAGGCCUCGGCGCAAGGAAAGACUGGCGGAGCUGACAAAUGGGACCCAUUACUGCUGUGGGUGCGGCCUCAACCUUGUUGCUUGCAAGCCCUGGCCGCCCACGUCAGACAAGCCAGCCUCUCUGCUCUGGCCUCCAUAGGCUGUGGCACCGGCCUCCUCGAGUGGCUCAUCAGCGCCACCACAGGUCUCUCAGUAACCGGGUACGAAGUGAACUGUGGGUGGUGGAGCUCCCGCUACGCUCCUCCCACUUUCAUUCCCUUCACCUACGUCGACCCUGAUGACUGCCCACCUGCAGUGCCGCCCUCUCACGCCCUCAUGUGCUGCUACUUCAACAACGGACAAGUGUUCCGGCAGUAUGUGGCAGCAUAUAAAGGACCAGUGCUAAUCAUCAUAGGCUCUGUAAACGGGAGCCACCACCACACGGAACCUCACCCACUUGAUUACGUACACGUCCACCCCUGGAUUCUCACACAUACCCAUCAUAUCUCCCAAGACGACCUACUUGCUUGCUAUGUCCGUGACUGUAGCAAGGAGGGCAUGCACAGAGAGCCAUCUGUAUAA